AAAAUGGCGAGCAAAACAGAUUCCCCGUCAAAUUUCGAAAUGGAGGAUGUUGAGCAGAACGCUCCGGAGCCGAAUCCACAGAACGAUUCGAGGUACAUAACGUCACGAACGUCUCCAUACAACGUUAUGCCCAUCGAGAUGGACUGCCCGCAUUGUCAGAAUCACAUUGUAUCGCACAUCGAACGUGUCGCAGGAGUCCUUCCAUGGAUAAUCUUUGCAAUUCUUGCAUUCCUGGGUAUCUUCCUCUUCAUAAUUCCAUGGUGUUUCUGUUGUGUUCCAUUCUUUCUCGAUCAACUGCUCGACGUCAAUCACUCGUGUCCGGCGUGCAAAAAGUUUUUGGGUCGAUUCAAUCGGGUCUGAAAAUUCGAUAAAUUUCGCCUUUCCAUGUAUUUCUUGCCUAAUUUCUCUCUCUCUCUCUCUCUUGCAUAAUGACCGUUUUUCUUGAAAAGCUUUAAAUUCUCACCCAAUUCUUGUCUUGAUAAAUUUGUAUUAUUCCUUUU